GUUGAAUUUAUUGACAAUUGCUGUCAUAUCACAUAUGUUUGGAAGUGUCAGUGUCACAACAACAGUAGAAGGUGGAACACGAAGGGCAGUAACUUUUAUGUUUCGAUGUUUUUAUAACAUUGAACGAUAACUUCGAUUUUAGGAAAUUCGCGAAAAAUUUAAAUAAAUAAAAAUUUAAAACAACUAGAUAAAAAUUAAACUUAGGUCGUGGACACGGAUAAAGUUUAGUGUUGAGUGAAAUAACCUUGGCUGAAGAUGCAUUCCGUUACAUCUUUCAUCAUGUGAUAUGUGAAAAUGGGUAUAAGUGUGGAGCACUGAGAAUGUAAAUAAUGAGUACCCAAGGUGGCUGCGUAACUUGCAAUGAAGAAUCUGAACAUUUUGAUGCAAAACAUGACACAGAAUAUUCAGAAGGUGAAGAUGCCCAGAUUCGCCUGGCACCUCACGUCCAGGCGUACCUGGCCCACAAUAACUCGACAACAAACUGUUGCGGUUUCACUAUACCUAUUGCUUUUGAAAGAGCUGCCCCAGGAACCUGGUGGAAUCCCAGAUUCGAUUCCAAAAUCCUCGAAGGUCAAUAUAGAAGCAGCUCAUUCAGACAGAUAAGGCUCAGAUUCAGAUUUGCACUUUUGUAUAUUUUGAUAUUUUGUAUAUCGUGGUUUAUCUACUUUGUCAUCCUAGGCUUAAACGGUUUCACAGUGAAAUGGCCCUUUCUGUGUUCUAUAUUUGCUGUCGUCCUCGUAAUUACUGGUGUAAUGCUGUUCAUUACAUUCACAAAUUAUUAUAAAGUGUACACAUUUAAAUUGUCACUCUUUAUGGCACUAGCUCUGUGCACUGUGAGCCUCACUCUAGUGACCUUGACGACCCAGCUGGAUGCUGCAUAUUCUAGAGCGGCCGACAUCAGCCAGUCCGGCCAUUUUACUAUGUGCAUUGAAAUUUUAUUAAUAAUGUAUACGCUGACCCCCUUGCCUCUAUAUGUGUGCGUUGUUAUCGGACUCCUCUAUUCGAUUUUGUUUGAGACUUUGAAUAUUGUUUUGCAUUUAUCUCAACAAGAAUGGCAGCUCCCCGGAAUGUUUGUCAGAAUGUUGCUCCAAUUGUGUGUGCACAUCAUCGGUGUACAUAUCUAUUUAAUGACGUUUGUGAGAAUGCGUGGCACGUUUAUGAAAGUAGGUCAGAGUUUGCUAGUGAGGAGGCAAUUAGAGAUGGAGAAACAGUUGAAAGAGAAAAUGAUACAUUCCGUGAUGCCGCCGAAGCUCGCCAGCUGGCUGAUGGAGGAGCAGGUCACGGAGCCCGAGACCUACGUGAAGGUGCACAACACACUCAAGCCGAGAAUCUCUAACCCGGGGGCGUCAGAUAUUAAAUCGUUGUUUAGGCCCUUCAACAUGAGCUCGAUGGACAACGUCAGUAUACUCUUUGCCGACAUUGUCGGUUUUACUAAAAUGUCGAGUAACAAAAGCGCCGAGGAGUUGGUGAAUAUAUUGAACGAUCUGUUUGAAAAGUUCGACGACCUAUGCUUAGUCCACGGAUGCGAGAAAAUAUCUACUUUAGGUGAUUGCUACUAUUGUGUGUCAGGCUGCCCCGAGCCGAGACCUGAUCACGCCUCGUGUUGUGUUGAAAUGGGGCUGGGUAUGAUAGACGCGAUCCAGGAGUUCGACAGGGAACGUGGAGAAGGCGUGAACAUGAGGGUGGGAGUGCACACGGGAACCGUACUCUGCGGCAUCGUCGGCACACGGAGGUUCAAGUUCGACGUCUGGAGUAACGACGUGUCGUUUGCCAACAAAAUGGAGUCCACUGGAAAGCCUGGACGAGUCCACAUUUCGGAGAAGACAAGCCAAUUCCUCGGCGGUUCCUACGUUUUGGAAGAAGGCGAAGAAGUUUUCGGUCAAAAAACCUACUUCAUCGAGGGCCGGCAGCUGAGCUCGCCGUACGACCGUGAAAAGUGCCUCACGCCGUCCGUACCAUUGAAUCUGCGCCUGAUAAUUUCGCCGGCCGCGUCCCCCCAAUCCGUUCUGUCCUACACCCAUUCCCCCCUACCGACAUCCGCGCGCGCGUCCGACACGUCCUCCGACGAGAAGCGCAACUCCAACUUCCUGUCGCCCAAUCCCUUCAACUUCCGCAACAAGGCCAGCUCUCUGCCGUCCAUAUUGGAUUCCGAUACGGAGGCUGACGAGAAGAAUAACGGCUUCGCGGAACGCAACGACAACUCCUCGAAGAGCCCGACUUCCAUUGGUAGCUACGGGAAGUACACGAACAAAAUUAAGAACUGGAAAGUUCCACGAUUCCUCCGAAAGCAUUCCGACACGCCCCUCGACGAAAUCAAGAAGCGAGAGUUCACUGAGAAAUUGCAAGUGCCGGAAACUCACAAUAAUGGGUACCACCAGGUCCCUAUAGUGAUAGAAUCUCAGGAGAAGGCCAAGCCCAGCAGCAGCAAGCUCCAAGUGUCGUACCACCGAGAAACGGUUUCCUUUGAACGGGAGAUCAUCGAUAUAAGGUCGUAUUUGAGCCAGAGUAGAAGUAACAUGUCGCCCUUCGCUAGAAGUAGCAGCUACAGGUCGCAGUAUGGUAGAUCUAAUAUGGAGGUACCGGUGAGUCGCGCUCGCAGUUCCACCCUCACGACUCAGGGUGACCUCCUGCGACCCAAGGACCGCAACCUAAACCUCCCUCUACCCAGCGUGCAGGUGUCCAGGCAGUUGGACGACUCCAUCAGCCUGUGUCCAUCCGUGAACAGCAGGAAGGACUCCGGCAUACGGAGCACGAGCCGUCGGUCGAGCAUACAGCACCAGCUGUACGCGUUAAACCACGUGGCAAUGGCGACCUCCCAGGCCGACAUGAUGCAGCACAGGGUUUCCGGGUACUACACCUCCAGCCAGUCCUCCCUCAACGACCCCAACUCGAGGGCCCGCCUGCCUCCCCCCCUCAACGACGAGCAGAUACAAUCCCUCCAGAAGCUCCGAAAACAGUCGGAUCUGCAGCUGAUACGGUGCGUCCAGGACAACGCCAACUCAGGUAUCAACUACUUCGUCCAGCCGCCCCUCAACAGGUUCACGCUGUUCUUCAAACCGCCGGAGAUCGAGAAGCACUACCGCGAUAAGGCUCACCGGAGCGACGACUGCGAAGACUUCCCACCCACCCUCACCACUUCGAGGUACAACACCGCGCUAGACAUAAUCGUGUCGGCCAUCAUCCUCCUAUCGGUGACCGUCGCGAUUCUGGUGUUAUACGACGAGUGGCGAUACUCCAUAGGAUGGAUAAUAUUCUUCAUAAUGAUAGAGUUCCUGGCCAUGUCCCUGUGUAUCUACAGGCACUUCCUGAAGUGGAAGACGAAAAAUGUGCCCCACGAAAUUAACGACACUAUCCAAAAAUCUGUGAAGAUAUUCAGGAAGCUGUCCGACUGGUACCCCUGGCAUCUGUCGGGGAGUCUGCUCAUCAGCCUACCUAUACUCGUGAUACUCAUAAAUUUCUCGUGCGCAAAUACGACUAUGACGAUAUUGAAAGGCGAGCAAUCCUUCUACGUUUAUCUCCUGUACCUGAGCAUCGUGCACUUCUGUAACUUCACUCAAAUGAACUGGCUGGUCAAGAACACCCUGGUGACGCUGUACGCCGGCCUGUUCCUGUUCUUCGCCGUCCUCGGAUGUCACGAAGCGAAUACUCAACUCGUAACGACCGAUAUUAAAUUCAAUCCCAAAACGGUCGCUCAAAAUAUAUCCCUCCCGGUGAACGGGUCCUCCGAGGACUUUCGGAGUAGUACCCUCGGAGACGUGGCGCACAACAUGCACCUGACCGAGCUGUAUCUGGACGUCGCUCUGCUGCUGAUACUGGUGUGGUUCCUGAACAGGGAAUUCGAGAUCAGCUACCGGCUCAGCUUCUACAGCAACGUCGUGGCCAACCGCGACAAGCAGAGGGUCCAGAACAUGCGGAACCAGGCGGACUGGCUGCUGCACAACAUCAUCCCGCGCCAUGUCGCCGAGCAGCUCAAGAACACCGCCAAGUACUCCGAGAACCACCGCGACGUCGGCAUCAUAUUCGCGAGCAUAGUCAACUUCAACGAGAUGUACGACGAGUCCUACCUGAAGGGGAAGGAGUACCUUCGGGUGCUCAACGAGCUGAUAGCGGACUUCGACGAGCUGCUGGAACGGCCGCAGUUCCGGCACGUCGAGAAGAUAAAGACCAUCGGCAGCACGUUCAUGGCGGCCAGCGGGCUCAACCCCGACCUGCGGCAGGCGAGCCGGGAUACGCACGACCACCUGUUCCAGCUGAUGGACUUCGCGCUGGAGAUGCAGAAGGUCGUCGACGACUUCAACCGGGACCUGCUCGAGUUCGAUUUCAUCCUGCGCAUCGGCUACAACUUCGGCGACGUGACGGCGGGCGUCAUCGGCACGACGAAGCUGUACUACGACAUCUGGGGGGACGCCGUCAACAUCGCCUCCCGCAUGGACUCCACCGGCGUCGCCCAGCGCAUCCAGGUGGGGGAGGCGUGCAUCCCCCUCCUGUCCGCCCGCUACGACUUCGAGCCGCGCGGGAACGUCUACGUCAAGGGCAAGGACGACAUGAACGUGUAUCUGGUAGUCGGGAAGAAGACUACGUAGGCACGUAUAUUUAUUGAGUAACGUAGAAACUGUGAUUAAACUAUUUAUACUAUGCUAUUAAAUUGGCCAUUUUAGGCAGGUCGACGUCCCGAUCGUCGUGUGCUAAUCGACUGCGGUACUUUUGUAUAUUGUAGACUAAGCGCCUACUAAUUUAUUGUCGAGCUUAGGGCAGCUGCGGGCGUGCGACCGCGAUGUAGGAACGAAUUUGCGCCUAACUCCUUGCCUAUAUUUUUUAUAGCUGAUCGGAUUUCUAGUCUAAAAGGGGUGUGGGUUGUCCAGUGUUGUUCGUUUUUGUCGAUACGCUUCUUUUGGUAUGAAUAUAUUUUAUACGAUUAAUAUGAUAAGUAUAUGAAAAUUAAUGCAACGAAAUGCUCUUAUUCUUGUGAUUUAAAUGCAAAUGCGAUGUAAAUUAAAUGGAUAUUAUUGAUGUCAAUGCGCCAUCCCCCGGCUUGUGCAUAUUUUAAUAUGAUUAAUGAAUACAUUGGACAAUCCACACUUCGGGAAAUGUGUAAACAUUUCAUUGUAAUUAGUGUAACAUAUUAUAGAUACGAUAUAAAAUGUACUAAAUUAUAUUAUUGGAUGUAGAUAUUAAGCGGUACUAAACACUAAUAUCGGUAUGAAAAAUAGAGAUCAGAUAAUAUUGUGUAUAUACCUGUAAAUGUGAUUCGUGAUUGCGUUGUGUAGUUCGAAAUAGUUUUCGUACUUCUAAGAAGUGAGUGUAAAGUUUUAAUGGAGUUUUCUUCGAUAUGGCUUAGAAGUAUUGCAAUUUAAAUGUGAUCUACUUUGACGUGGAUUUAAAUAUAACUUUGACCCAACUUAGAUGUGACUUAGAAGAGUAAAAUAAUGUUUAUUGUGCUGAGGAUUUCAUAGAUAAAACAGCCCGCGCUUAUAGCUAGAAAAUAUUAAUGAUAUUAUGCUCAGAAAUUCUUAAUCUCAAAUGCGAUAUUAUGCUCAAUAAAGUGCGAAUUCUGUCGAAAAACUAAUUUCUAGAUCUAAUGUUACGUUUAUCUACACGAUCCGAAAUGAUGGCCCACAUGCUACAUUUUGUCGAGCUAUGUUAAGCCCAGCCGAAAGAUCACGCCUAAGUCCUAACAUUAACUUGACAUAACACGACCUAAUAACGUAGGCCUGCCAUCUGUCUUUAAUCAAUUUCUGUGAUGAUAUAAUGAGAACAACGUCAAAAAAAUAAACAUUCUUGGACCUGUUACCAUAGGAUUAAAUAUUUCACAAACUGAUGUGUUCUGUAGGGUAGUAGUAGAUUAGAUCUCUAUCGUUUCCUUGUACUUCUCGAAUGAAAUUUAUAUAACUUUUUAUAUUAUAACUUAUUUAAUAAAUUUCCCAUAUUUAUCUUAAUGUGCUAAGGAUAUUUAUUGAGCUGUAUAGCUAUCAUCAGUGACCUCCAUUAUACAAGUACGCUGGACCUAUGAUACCCUUUGAA